AUGGCAUUCAUAUUGACCGAGGAGUGUGAGGCAAGCUUCUGUGACUUGAAGGAGAGAUUGGCGACUGCACCCGUGCUCACAAUGCCCGAUGGUACAAGGAACUACGUCAUUUUCAGCGAUGCUUCCAAGAAUGGCAAGGGAUGUGUGUUGAUGCAACGCGGAAAAUUUAUUACCUAUGCAUCUAGGCAAUUGAAGGACUAUGAAAAGAAUUAUCCCGCUUAUGACUUGGAACUAGCAGCGUACCACCCUAGGAAGGCCAGCGUGGUUGCAGAUGCCCUAAGCACAAAGACAGCUCCUUCAUCGGCGUUAAUCACGAAGGAGCCUAGGGUGCAGGCAGACUUUGAGCGAGCUAAGAUAGCAGUAGCAGUGGAAGAUAUUAGGGCACAACUAGCUCGAUUGACUAUGCAACCCAUUCUUUGGCAGAGAAUAGUUGAGGCUCAAGUAAUAGACUCUUGUUUGGCGAGGGAUGGGUCGUUCCCUACGCAGCUUUCGCAGCUUCAGAAUCUGCAGGUUCUUGAUUUGUAUAACAACAAUAUGACUGGGGAUUUCCCCAUUGUCGUUACUGAAAUGAUGAGCCUCCGCCAUUUGCAUUUGGGUGGAAAUUUCUUCGCCGGAGCGAUUCCGCCGGAAGUCGGUCGGAUGGAGUCCUUGGAGUACUUUGCGGUUUCUGGUAACGAACUCGGCGGUUCCAUACCGCCGGAAAUCGGGAACUUGACGAAUCUUCGUGAGCUUUACAUUGGCUACUUCAACGCGUACGUCGGCGGGAUUCCGGCUGAGAUUGGGAAUUUGACGGAGUUGGUACGGUUGGACGCGGCCAACUGUGGACUCUCUGGUCGGAUUCCGCCAGAGCUUGGAAAGCUGAAGAACCUGGAUACGCUGUUUCUUCAAGUAAAUGGUCUAUCUGGGCCAUUGACGCCGGAGAUUGGAGAGUUGAAUGGCUUGAAAUCGUUGGAUUUGUCGAACAAUAUGCUUGUGGGUGAGAUUCCCAGCUCGUUCUCCGAGCUCAAGAACUUGACGCUGUUGAAUCUGUUUAGAAACAAGCUUCAUGGAGCGAUUCCUUCCUUUAUUGGGGACUUGCCAAAGCUGGAGGUGUUGCAGUUAUGGGAGAAUAAUUUCACGGAAGCGAUUCCACAGAACCUGGGCAAGAACGGAAUGCUUCAGAUUUUGGAUCUUUCUUCAAACAAGCUCACCGGAAACCUUCCUCCCGAUAUGUGCUACGGUAAUCGCCUUCAAACUCUCAUCGCAUUGAGCAAUUUCUUGUUUGGUCCAAUCCCAGAGUCGCUGGGCAAAUGUGUUUCGCUUAAUCGGAUUCGUAUGGGGGAUAAUUUUCUUAAUGGAUCUAUCCCAAAGGGGCUUCUCAGUCUGCCGGACCUCUCUCAGGUUGAGUUACAGGACAAUUACCUCUCCGGCGAGUUCCCUGUAACCGAUUCAAUCUCCGUCAAUCUGGGCCAGAUUAGUCUCUCGAACAAUCGCCUCUCCGGGUCGAUUCCACCCACCAUCGGCAACUUCUCCGGCGUCCAGAAACUACUCCUCGACGGAAACAAAUUCUCCGGUCAAAUCCCACCUGAGAUUGGGCGGUUACAGCAACUUUCAAAGAUUGAUUUCAGUAACAACAAGCUUUCAGGUCCAAUCGCACCGGAGAUUAGCCAAUGCAAGCUGCUAACCUUCGUCGAUCUCAGUCGGAACGAGCUCUCCGGUGAAAUUCCAAACGAGAUUACGAGUAUGAGAAUCUUGAAUUACCUAAAUCUUUCAAAGAACCAUUUAAUCGGUGGAAUCCCAGCUUCCAUAGCCAGUAUGCAGAGCUUGACCUCUGUAGAUUUCUCAUACAACAACCUCUCCAGCUUAGUUCCGGGAAGUGGGCAAUUCAGCUACUUCAAUUACACAUCGUUUCUGGGCAAUCCUGAUCUCUGCGGCCCAUAUUUAGGACCAUGCAAAGAUGGGGUCGCCAAUAGCAAUUACCAACAACAUGUAAAAGGUCCCUUCUCUGCUUCCCUUAAGCUCCUCCUUGUAAUUGGUCUGCUUCUUUGCUCAAUUGCAUUUGCAGUGGCU